AUGCUCAUUUCUCAUACCAGGAUGGGUUGGGACCCAAACACUGUUCAAGCAUCUGAAGAAGUUUGGGCAUUAUAUCUCAAGAAAAACAAGUUUGCAAGCCGUUUUCGUAGCAAGGGAUGUCCUCAUUAUGAUUUGCUUGGUGUGAUCUUCAACAACACCACUGCUACUGGACAAAUGCAAUAUGUAUCUACUCAUUCUCCUCCAAAUUUUGAUGUUGAAAGAGAGCUAGAAAAUGACUUUCUUACCACUGGUGCACACAUAGGUCUUAAUACUGAAAGUGGUUCAAGAGGCUUUAGUGAAGUAGAUCAAGGAACUAGCAACAAGAACAAGCGUGGUGCUUUAUUCCCCCCAAAGUGA